AUGUUGGCCCGUACUGCUGCUAUCCGUUCUGUGUCCAGAUCUUUGGUCAAUGCUGCCAGGAUCGCUAGAGUCGCAAGACCUGCUACUAUCAUCGCUGGUAGAAGAUAUGCUACCGCAAAAGCUCAACCUACUGAGGUUUCUUCCAUCUUGGAGGAAAGAAUCAGAGGUGUCUCUGAAGAGGCUAACCUGAAUGAAACUGGUAGAGUUUUGGCCGUCGGUGACGGUAUCGCACGUGUCUUCGGUUUGAACAACAUUCAAGCUGAAGAAUUGGUCGAAUUCUCUUCUGGUGUUAAGGGUAUGGCUCUUAACUUGGAACCUGGUCAAGUCGGUAUUGUGUUGUUUGGUUCCGAUAGAUUGGUCAAGGAAGGUGAAUUGGUCAAGAGAACCGGUAAGAUUGUCGAUGUUCCAGUUGGUCCUGAAUUGUUGGGAAGAGUUGUCGAUGCUCUAGGUAACCCAAUUGAUGGUAAAGGUCCAAUCAAGGCUGCUGGCCGUACCAGAGCUCAAGUUAAGGCUCCAGGUAUCUUGCCAAGAAGAUCUGUCCACGAACCUGUUCAAACUGGUUUGAAAGCCGUUGACGCUUUGGUGCCAAUCGGUAGAGGUCAAAGAGAACUGAUCAUUGGUGAUCGUCAAACCGGUAAGACUGCUGUCGCUUUGGAUACCAUUUUGAACCAAAAGAGAUGGAACAACGGUUCAGAUGAAUCCAAGAAGUUGUACUGUGUUUACGUCGCUAUCGGUCAAAAGAGAUCCACUGUGGCUCAAUUGGUGCAAACUUUGGAACAACACGAUGCUAUGAAAUACUCUAUCAUCGUUGCAGCUACCGCUUCUGAGGCUGCUCCUUUGCAAUACUUGGCUCCUUUCACUGCUGCUUCUAUCGGUGAAUGGUUCAGAGACAACGGAAAGCACGCUUUGAUUGUCUACGAUGAUUUGUCUAAACAAGCUGUCGCUUACCGUCAAUUGUCUCUAUUGUUGAGAAGACCUCCUGGUCGUGAAGCCUACCCUGGUGAUGUCUUUUACUUGCAUUCCAGACUUUUGGAAAGAGCCGCUAAGAUGUCCGAGAGAGAAGGUGGUGGUUCUUUGACCGCUUUGCCAGUUAUCGAGACCCAAGGUGGUGAUGUCUCCGCUUAUAUUCCAACUAACGUUAUUUCCAUUACUGAUGGUCAAAUUUUCUUGGAAGCCGAAUUGUUCUACAAGGGUAUCAGACCUGCCAUUAACGUCGGUCUAUCCGUCUCAAGAGUCGGUUCCGCCGCUCAAGUUAAGGCUUUGAAACAAGUUGCUGGUUCUUUGAAACUGUUCUUGGCCCAAUACAGAGAAGUUGCUGCUUUCGCUCAAUUCGGUUCCGAUUUGGAUGCUUCCACUAAGCAAACUUUGACCAGAGGUGAAAGAUUGACUCAAUUGUUGAAACAAAGCCAAUACGCUCCAUUGGCCGCUGAAGAACAAGUUCCAUUGAUUUACGCUGGUGUUAACGGUUUCAUUGACAACAUUGAACUCUCCAGAGUGCAAGAAUUCGAAGCCUCUUUCUUGGCUUACUUGAAAUCUAACCACGAAGAUAUCUUGAGCUCCAUCAGAGACAAGGGUGAGUUGCCAAAGGACUUGUUGGAGAAAUUAAAGUCUGCCACCGAAUCUUUCGUGGCCACCUUUUAA